GAGGAAGAGGCAGCAGGCAUCACACCUCGCUCCCUACACCAGCCAGCCACAGCCAUCAUGUGCCACACCAGCUGCUCCGCGGGCUGCGCGCCCAGCCCCUGCCAGUCAUCCCUCUGCGUGCCAGUGAGCUGCAGGCCUGCUGCCGUGUGCGUGCCCGUGAGGAGCCAGGUGGCCUGCUGCGUGCCCGUGAGCUGCAGGCCCGUGGUGUGCACGGCCCCCUCCCGCCCGUCAUCCCCGUGUGCGCCCGUGAGCUGCAGGCCCGUGGUGUAUGUGGCCGCCUCCUGCCCAUCGUCCCCGUGUGCACCCGUGAGCUGCAGGCCCGUGGUGUACGUGGCCCCUUCCUGCCCGCCGUCCCCGUGUGCACCCGUGAGCUGCAGGCCCGUGGUGUAUGUGGCCCCUUCCUGCCAGUCAUCCCCGUGUGCGCCCGUGAGCUGCAGGCCCGUGGUGUACGUGGCCGCCUCCUGCCCGUCGUCCCCGUGUGCGCCCGUGAGCUGCAGGCCCGUGGUGUACGUGGCCGCCUCCUGCCCGUCGUCCGGGUGCUGCCAGCCCCCCAGCCCGUCGCUGCUCUGCAGACCGGUCUCCUGCAGCACCCCCACCUGUUGCUAAACAGUAGCUCCACGCCAGCUGCUCCCGGGCAGGCGGCUCUGACCCACGGACCCCUCCCAGAACCCGGGCCCAGCGACUCCUUUGAACUGUGGGGGAGGGUGUAGCGGAAUGACCUGGAUGCCUCCCUGACCAUGGGGGUCCCCUCAGGGAGUCCUGGCUCCGGGGUCCUCUCAGGCCAGGGAAAAGCAAAGCCCAUGUAGGCCAAAUAAACCGCUUUCCUGAA